AUGAUAACCACGGCCAGACUAUCCACAUCUGUUAUGCCCGUUAAACUCACAAGUUUGCGGGGUAUGUUAAUGACGCCGGUAGUUUCCAGAAAUGGACUUCUUUUGUUUACCAAAUUUAUUGGUCCCGGGAACAGAAGAUGGUUCUCCUUCAUGAAGAUAUUUCACAAACUGAGGCUUUCCCAGGGACCUGACCCGGUGGAAUCACCUCGACUUACUCCUCAAAUGGUCACGUCGAUUUUAAGAAUGAACGAGAAGUCCACAAAUCAUGCCGGAGGAGUUGUGAAGGCAGUCCAGUGCAAUCAAUUACAAGCUAAUAAACCCAUUGAAGACCGCCAUGUUGAGGCUAAAAUCAGAAGCACAGAAAAGUUUCUGUUUGGGGUCUACGAUGGGCAUUCUGGAUGUGCCUGUGCCCAGGCUCUUAAAGACAGGCUGUUCCAGUACAUUGCCAUCUCCCUGGCGGACACUUACAGGUUGAACCAGCUGUAUCAUGGAGGUAUGGAGGUAGCUGAAGACCUGGUAGAAUUCCUGCCAACAUCCACCAAAGACGAAGUCAGUCCAGAUCUUGCAAGCAUACACUGGCAGAGCACAUUGCAGUUCAUACAAGACUCUAUGGAUAUGUAUAGCUUGGAUACUCGUGUGGAAGAAGCUUUGACAAAUGCAUUUUUGCGCUUGGACCAGGACAUAUCCACAGAAGCUAGCUUUCAUCCUGGGGAUGAAGGAUUGUCAGCCGAUCUUGUACACAUUGCAUUCUCUGGGGCUGUGGGCUGCGUGGCUUUUAUUGAUGGGCUGGACUUGUAUGUGGCAAAUGUUGGAGACAGCCAAGCAGUCAUCGGAAGUCACUCUUCCGAGUCGGAAAGUUGGCACGCUACCAGCGUCAGCAACAAGCACGAUGCAGAAAACUCAGCAGAAGUGAAGAGGUUAUUUUCACGGCAUCCAAACGAGUCUAGUAACAUUUUGAAAAACGGUAGGCUUUUUGGUGAGCUCAUGCCCCUGAGAGCUUUUGGUGAUGUCCGGUACAAAUGGACAAAGAGGGAUCUCAUACACCUCACAAAAAUUGCAAGUCAGAGUUCGGGUCCGUUUUUUGGUGGGUACAAGGACUUGAAGCUCCAGAACAACUACCUGACUCCGCCAUAUCUAGAUGCUCAGCCAGAGGUCAUCCAUUAUCGUCUUUCUCCAAGGGACAGGUUCCUUAUCAUAGCUUCAGAUGGAUUGUGGGACUCCGAGGGUAUGUCUGUGGAUAAAGUCGUCUCGCUUGUUGGACAUCAUACCGAAGGCCAGCAGGUUUUAACUCAUUUCCGCCCCCCUGAAGAUGCUUCUCUGGGUGCUAUCAAUGAAGCUUUGCGUAAGCGCAAACAAAACUUAGCCAAAAGAGCAUUGGAUGAAAAUGUGGCCACACAUUUAAUACGACAUGCCCUCGGUCAAGAACAUGGUCAACUGUCUGCUCAGUUGACUUUACCUGAGAAACUGGUACGCUACUAUCGUGAUGAUAUUACUAUUGUUGUAGUCUUCUUUGAUACAGAGUACAUAAUGGAUUACACUCGCAUACACUAG